AUGUCAGGCCAAGUACCUCCUCCUCUGCCUCAAGGUGCAGGAUAUGGCGUCGUUGUCGGCCUUGGAGUGGCCUUUGCCCUCGGCAUGGUUUGGGUCACCAAGAUGCUGAAAAAGACGUUCAAUGAGGACGCCAGCAGCACUGAGACGUUCAUGGUUGCCAAUCGGACCAUUGGUACGGGCCUUACGUCUUGCGCAGUGAUAUCGUCCUGGCUGUACAGUUCAGCCUUACUGGGCGCGACGCUCUUGACGUACAACUACGGCCUCGCCCUCGGUGUCUGGUGGGGAGCAUCGGCCAGUACGAUGAUAACGCUGAUGGCCUAUCUUGCAAUCCAAGCGAAGCGACGUGCUCCUAAUGCCCAUACGCUGCUGGAGAUCAUCAAGGUGCGGUACGGCAAGUCCGCGCACCAGCUCUGGAUCUUUCUCUGCCUGUUGAACAACACGUUUGUGUUCACGAGUAUGGUCGUCGGAUCGAGUACAAGUGUCAGUGCAUUGACGGGCAUGGACGUUGUUGCGUCUUCCUACUUGCUUCCUCUCGGCGUGGCUGUAUACACCUACUUUGGAGGGCUGAAGGCGACGUUUCUGACGGACUACGUGCACACGUUCAUCAUCAUGAUCAUCCUCUGCUGGUUCACCAUCAAGGUCAUCGCCGUGAACGAGAUCGGAUCCAUCGGGGCCUUAUUCGACGCCGUCGUCACAGCCGAUAAAGAGAAGCCCGUCGCCGGCAACUACCAGGGCUCCCAUCUCACCAUGCGCAGCGAGCAAUGCUUAUACUUCGGUCUCCUGCAUAUCACCGGCAACAUCGGCGGCGUCCUCAUGGACACAGGGUUCUGGCAGAAGGGAUUCUCCGCGGACUUCGAGGCCGCAGUCCCAGGAUACGUCCUCGGCGGCGUCGCUUCAUUCUCAGUGCCCUGGACAUUCGGCACCAUCGUCGGCCUCGCAGCCCUAGCUCUCGAAAAGACCUCUGCAUGGCCAACCUUCCCCAACCCAAUGACCUCCAGCGAAGUCAGCGCAGGCCUCGUCCUCCCUUACGUCGCGCAAGCAGUCGCAGGCAAGGCCGGCGCAGGCGCUAUCCUAGUCACAAUCUUCAUGUCCACGACCUCCAUCGCCUCCGCGCAGAUGAUCGCCACCAGCUCCAUCAUUUCCUUCGAUAUCUACGGGACAUAUGUCAACAAGACACCCACAAACUCGCAGCUGCUGCGGUGGUCGCAUAUCGGCGUCGUCGCUACAUCGCUGUUCAUCUCCACCCUCGCAACAGCCUUCCACAAGGGCGGCGUCGACAUGUCCUGGCUCCUCUACAUGAUCGGCCUCUUCACCUGCCCCGGCGUGUUUCCGACGUGCUUCGCCCUGCUUUGGAAGCGCCAGACAAAACAAGCCGCUAUCAUCUCCCCGAUUGUGGGUAUGGUUUGUGGACUGGCUGUCUGGUUCGGCUCUGCUUAUGCCUACUACGGCGAGAUCACUAUCGCCGCGACGGGGGGGACUCUGCCUUGCCUCUUUGGUACCAUCACCUCGUUCUUCGUCCCGCUUCCGACGACGGUGAUUAUCUCGCUGCUGCAGAAACAUGAAUUCGACUGGGCUGUUCUUGGGCGUAUUGAGCAGGUCACCACGGAUGAGGGCGAGAACAAAGCCCAUAGCACUGACCAGAGCAGAGCAGAAAUUGAAAUACAAAUAGAGCAACCACUCUUCACGCCCGAAAAAGCCAAGUAUCUCAAACGCAUGAGCCGCUGGGCUGCAUUCUGGGCGGUUUUUACAGUCACAGGCCAUGCCCUGCUCUGGCCGCUGCCGAUGUUUGGGGCGAGAAUGGUCUUCUCGAAAAGCUUCUUCAUCGCUUGGGUUGUCAUCUCGCUGAUCUGGCUGUGGUUUACGCUUGUUGUGGCGAUCUUCUAUCCGCUUGUUGAUGGCGGGGUGAAGCAGAUGUGGGCUGUUCUUGUUGUUGCAAGGAAGAAACUAUUGCGUAAGGAUAGCUCAGGCAGUGGUUCGGCGACUGGAUCUGAGGGAAUUGCUGGGCUGGAUUCCUCUGCUGAGCAGGUUGGUGUUUUGGCGAAGGUAUAA